CCGGGGCCUGAGGGUUGAAAUUUCACGGACCAGAGUUCCCUCUGACUCUUGGGAGAGAGGUCGAUCACCCCAAGGCAGAAACCCCCUGCUAGCCCAAAAGCGGGGUUGAUUGAAACUAGGGCUUUGGCCCCAUGACCCCAAUCAAGCCCCGCCCCUUCCUGGUUGUCUUAGCGACGGCGGUGGCGUCCCAAGAUGGCGUCGUGGCUGCCAGAGACUCUGUUCGAAAUUGUAGGACAAGGCCCAGCGCCGAGCAAAGACUAUUACCAGUUAUUGGUCACCCGGUCCCAGGUGAUCUUUAGAUGGUGGAAGAUCUCUCUGAGGAGUGAGUAUCGAUCAACAAAACCUGGAGAAGCCAAAGAGUCUCAUGAAGAGUUCCUAGGGAACUCCCAUCUUCAAGUUCAAAUUGCCUUAAUAUUUGGUGCAAGAAUAUUAGACUAUGUCUUCAAUUUAUGUGAAGGUAAAUUUGACUUCCUUGAACAGCUCUCAGACAAUUUGCUCCUGAAUAUCAUUUCUUAUCUGGAUCUUGAAGAUAUUGCCAGGCUUUCUCAAACAUCACGCAGAUUUGCACAGCUGUGCAUGUCUGACGAGCUGUGGGAGAAGGUAGUCCAGUCUGCCUGUGACACCAUCACGCCGGACAUGCGGGCCCUGGCCAAGGACAUAGGCUGGAGGCAGAUGUUCUUCACCAACAAGCUGCAGCUUCAGCGGCAACUCCGCAAGAGGAAACAGAGACAAGAGAGCCAGGGAAACAGUAAAUUUUAGGGACACAUUUUCUUACCGGCAGGGGGGUCGAGGCCUG